AUGAAUCGAAAUAUAAGGAAUGAAAUUGCUUUGAUGAGCAAUUACGAAAUCAUAAUUAUGUUAUUUAGAUAUAACAUAUUAAAAAACCAGCAACUUUGCAUUUAUUGCAAUAUAAACAUUGCCUUCAAGAUUAGUAAACGGCAUAUAGAUGAACUUGUGUGGUGA